AUGGCUGCUCAUCUUUACGAAGCUCAAAGCUCGUCGCAGAGAGGAGUGGCCAUGGUGUUGGCUCUUGUAUCAGCAUUAGUACUUUCUCCGCUGUAUGUUGACAGGAAGAGUGAGGCCAAGUACUACCAUGAGGCCAAAUGGAGUUCGGGGUUUGUGCUUCCUCUGGUUCUUGCCGGUCUCAUAAUCGCCAUCAAGACCACGUCUUCAUCAUCUUCUUCUUCAGGGUAUGUUAGGAGAGGUUCGGCAAUUCCAUCUCCUGAUCCUUCGUGGGUGCUGAGAAUUGGGAGCUCAGCCUGGGGACUCGCUGGGGUUCUGGUGAUGCUGAUGCUUGUGCUCUCUUGGCAACAUUCUGUUCAAGAGUUCUUGUGGAGAUAG